AUGGCGUGCAACAAAUUGCUGAAUUUUUGUAAUACAAAAAUAAUUUCACUGCCAAGAAAUUGUCUGGUACUUUCCCGAGACUACUCGGCGAAGCGACGACUGAUGGAGCAGAGACUGGACCUCCCAGAGCGACCGAAGCGGCCGCAGAAUGCCUUUCUGAGGUACACUGCGUUAGUGCGUGAUGAACUUAAGGAAAAAUUUCCGGAGGCAAAAGUGCCUGAUCUCUGCAGACUAUACGGGAAAAAAUGGGCACAGUGCGACCCAGCUCUCAAAAAGGAACUCCAGGAUCAGUACAGGGAGGACAUGCUUAAAUACAGUCACCAGAUGAUGGACUAUGAGAGGAAGCUUACUGACGAGCAGAAGAUGGUCAUUGAAGAAGAGAAUCGCAGGGUUGAGGCUAACAAGAAAAAAAACGUGUUGAGAGCUAGACUACUUGAACUAGGCAAGCCUAAAAAACCCCCAACGGCUUUUAUUUUAUACAUGAUGUCUCAUGUUAAGUCCAAAGAUCCAGAUACUGCUGUUCAGGACUGGAUGGGUGAAAUAAGCAAAGAGUGGGCAAAAUUACCUUCCGAAAAGCGGGAAAAAUUCGAAACAGAAGCAAAGAAGCUGAUGGAGCAGUACAAAAACGACAUGAUAGACUGGGAAGCAAAGAUGAUCCAGAUGGGACACUUCGACGUGAUCAGACGGCAAGUGUUGCUGGACUUGAAAGACAAGACCGGCCAGGAGGAAAAAAAACGUUGA